UGUCUGGCUACAAUAAGCUAACAAAUUAAGGAUGGCUUGAAGGACCGAAAAAUGGACAUAUACCUCAGACCCGUAAAAAUCAACGUUGAGGUGAGACAAAUGUGGGCGUAAGCAAAAGUCAGAAGUUCAUCAAAGUCAAGUUAACAAUUGGAAGACAUUCGUGACAAAAUGAUGAGCAAUCUGUUAAGUAGUUUGAGUAGAUUUGAGUGAAAGUUAUUUGGAAAAGAAAAAACGCAGGAGAAGACGAUGAGAGGCGUAGGAGGACCAUUGUUGUGCAUCGGAGAUCUGCUCAGCGAUGUUGGAGAUGCUGAACCUCAACCCCAAAUUCAAACGCCCAAUUCUCCUUCUUCUUCAUCUUCCUCUCGUCUCAAUGAUCUACAACAUGAUUUUCAACCUUCUCGUCUCUCCCAACUUUUCCAGGAAAACUAUGAUGAAUUGAACAAGGCACUUGCUGGGACUGAUCAUUCAUGGACUUCUUUGACUUUGAAGCUGUGUACUACUCUUGACACUGCAAAGAAGUUGAUCGAGUCUGCGAACUCAAAUGCGAUAGUGCUGACAGAAAAGGUUGAGGAACUCGAGAAUAUAAUUAAAAAGGGAGAUUCGGCCAUAGCCGAGGUCCGAUCUAUUCAUAGCUGGCUUAGCCACAAGAUUACGCUUCCAAGUGCAAAUGAAACCUAGUCAUCUCAUAACGCAUUGUUGAGAAUCAUGUGCUCCUUCAGCUUGAUAGUGUCUGAGGAUUGGUGUUAGAUUGCUUUUUUUUUUUUUUUUUUUUUUCAGUGUAUGAAACACUGAAAAUCAUCAGAUAACUCUUGCUAGAUUCCGAUAGUAACAGUUGAUUUGUGUGAGUGAAAAUUUCUUCACGCAUGGUCAAAUAGUAAGGAUUUCAUUGUAAUUAUGAGAACUACUGCUAAAUACUUUGCUGGGAACACCUUAAUUCAGAUUUUAUACUAUAAAAUGUUUUGUUAGUUGGUUAUCCAGUAAUGCAAAUUUUCAGGGACCCUUUUUUUUC